CCCUUCCUAUUCUUUAUGUACUAUUCUUCUGAUUCCUGAAUCCCUAUUAUUCAAAGUCCAAUCCAAUUCCAAUUCCAAUUCUGUUCAAUUCGCCUUCGUUUCUGGAUUGGAGCCCAAUUGCGUCUUCUUCUCCAACAAGGGUCUCAAUCGGUUCAAGAAGAAUCUGCUUCUGGAUCAGGCCAGCCCAUAAUUGAAGAUGGAUACCCUUCCAACCGAGAACAAUGCACUUGCAGUUAUUGAAGAAACGGCACAGCCAGCCACGAAACGUAGGAAAAAGAUGUCUCUGGUCUGGGAACACUUCACAAUCGAGACCAUAAGCCCCGAAUGCAGAAGAGCGUGUUGUAAGCGAUGCAAACAAACAUUUGCCUACAGUACCGGUUCAAAGGUAUCCGGUACAAGCCACCUUAAACGACACAUUGCCAAAGGUACUUGUCCCCUCAUCCUCAAGAGUCAGCGACAGAACCAGAAUGAGUCGACGUCUUCACUGUUGAUCGCUCCUUCGAACACUGAUGGAAUAAUUCAAGCACCAAAACGAAAGUAUCGGACUGGGAAUCCUUCUAACCUGUCUAACUAUGUUGGGUUCGACUCCGAUCGUUCUAGACAUGAAAUUACGAGGAUGAUCAUUAUGAAUGACUACCCGCUUCACAUUGUAGAACAUCCCGGGUUCGUAUCCUUUGUAAAGAGCCUCCAACCGGAGUUCAACUUGAUGAGCUUCAACACUGUGCACGGAGAUUGCGUAGCGACCUAUCUCAGAGAGAAGGAGAGCCUACAGAGGAUUGUGGAGGGAAUCCCGGGUCGAAUUUGUCUCACCAUCGACACGUGGACCUCUGCCUUCUCCAAGGGAUAUGUCUUUCUCACGGGACAUUUCAUUGAUAGUGAAUGGAAGUUGCAUAGGAAGGUUCUUAACGUCGUUCUUGAGCAUUGUCUUGAUUCCGAUCUCGCGUUUUCCCAUGCCGUUGCUGCUUGUCUUUCCGAUUGGAAUAUGGAAGGCCGCCUGUUCUCGCUCUCAAUUAAUCAUCCCUUGAGUGUAGUCGGAAUUGACAAUCUCCGAGCUCUACUGUCGUUGAGGAACCCACUUAUUCUUUGCGGGCAAUUGUUGGUCGACAAUUGCCUUGCUAGAGCAUUGACCCACAUUGCAUUGGGGGCAUUUCGGGCUGGCGAAGCCACUGUGAGGAAAGUAAGGGAUAGCGUGAAAUACGUAAAGACAUCAGAACCGAAUGAGGAAAUUUUCAAUCAACUCAAACAACAACUUCAAGUGCCUAGUUUGAAGACGUUGGUUAUCGACGAUCUUUCUCGAUGGAACACGACUUAUGAAAUGCUCGUAUCUGCCUCCGAACUGAGGGAGGUCUUCUCUUGCUUGGACACUGUCGAUCCGAAUUACAAACUCGCCCCCACCAUGGAUGAUUGGAAGCAAGUGGAGGUGAUGUGCACUUACUUGAAACUCCUUUUUGAUACGGCAAAUGUAUUGACGAAUCCGGCUCUUCAAACGACGAACACGUUCUUCCAUGAGGCGUGGAAGAUCCAGUUAGAGCUCGCGCGAGCGGUGACCAUCGAGGACCCUUUUGUACGUUAUCUCACGAGACCGAUGCAGGAGGCUUUCGACGCUUAUUGGAAGAAUUGUUGCCUCAUGUUGGCUAUUGCGGUUGUUAUGGAUCCUAGGUUCAAGAUGAAGCUAGUUGAGUUUAGUUUCAAAAGGAUCUACGGCCACGACUCGGUAAAUUAUGUCAAAGUUGUGGACGAGGGUCUCCACGAGCUCUUUAUCGAGUAUGUGGCUCUUCCUCCCCCGCUUCCGCUCCCACUUGCCCCUAUUUACGCUGAAGAAGAAGUUAAUGGCGAGAUCUUCAAGCAAGAGGAGUCUCCAAACGUGGGCAUGGUUGAGGAUCAUACAUUGGCAUUGAGUGAUUUUGAUGUUUUCAUCAUUGAGACGACAAGCCAACAAGAAAGGUCGGAAUUGGACCAAUACUUGGAAGAAUCUUUGUUGCCCAGGGUUCACGAUUUUGAUGUUUUGGGCUGGUGGAAGAUAAACAAGAUGAAAUACCCGACUCUUUCGAAGAUGGCUCGCGAUAUAUUGACUAUCCCUGUAUGCACUGUAGGUCCGAAUUCGGUAUUCGACACUGUGAUGAAGGAAAUGGACAACUACCGGUGUUCUUUGCAGCCAGAGACGGUUGAGGCUCUCGUUUGUGCCAAGGAUUGGCUCAAAGGCGAACCUAAAGAGAAUUCAACUGCACCGGUGAGGAUGGAAUUUCCUAUCUAGAUUCUUAAAUCAUUGGUUUUAUGUUUUUCUUGGGUGAUUGCACUGUGAAUACUUAAAAGUUUUUUUUAUUCAUAUUCAGAAUCAUGAAUUCAAAAGUUUUUAUAGAAUUUUGACAAUAUUAUAUUUUUAUUUCUAGUUCUUUCUUUA